UCUUCCAGAUGAGGCACUUGCUGUUCCCCAUCGGUGACACAGACAUGACACUGAAGACAAUUAUUUUGGCUGUUUUUGCAGUCACUUCUGUUUUCGCCGAUUCUCCCCCGUCUUAUCGACCUCCCGUUCCUUCCUAUGGAGCGCCUCCACCGUCUUAUAAUGCUCCAGCUCCUGCCCACAAAGCACCCUCUCCUUCUCAUAAUGCUCCAGCUCCUGCUUAUGGAACUUCAGCUCCAACAGGUCCUGCUAAGUAUAACUUCAACUACGCCGUGAAGGACGACUACUCAGGAAACGACUUCGGACACCAGGAGGCUCGAGAUGGCUACGACACCAAGGGAACUUAUUAUGCCCAGCUUCCCGACGGCCGUCUGCAGGAGGUCACUUACUACGUCAACGGUGACUCUGGGUACGUGGCCGAAGUCUCCUACCAAGGAGAGGCUCAGUACCCUCAGUAUCAGCCCUCCGGAGGAUACAAACCCGCCCCUAAUCCUGGUUACCCCUAAGGAAAAUGAAAGGUUUCGUUCGUCUUCUUAUCAUUAUUGUUAGUGAGAAUUCAUAUAUAUUAAGAGCUUCAUGAUACGUCUGCAAACAAGUAUAUUUUAACUUUAAAUGCCCGUAUUAUUCUUAUUUAUAUAUAGGUGCAUAAAAAUAAAU